AUGUCCGAUCCCUCGUUCUUGGAUAGACCACUGCUCAAAGUCAGUCGGCCGGUUGCCGCAUGUUCACGAUGUCGAACAGCCAAAAUCAAAUGCGACGGGAAGCUCCCCGCUUGUUCCGCUUGCGAACGAGCAGGGAAGACGGAUACUUGCUCGAGUAGCGACGAAUUUCCCCGCGGGAAAGAAAGGAGCUAUGUUGGCUCCUUGGAAGCUUAUUGCGAACGACUCGAGAGGAGAACCGCAGAACUUCGCCAGCGGAAAGAAAUGCUCACUGGUGGUGCAGGAGGCAUCGUCCACGAAAGCUCAAUAACUUCUACCUCGUCUACGGGCCUUGUCACUAACGCACAUCGCCAAGAGGUAUCAAAUAUAGAUGAUCUAGUUGGAGACUUUGGUUACCUAUCUGUUAGUGCGACAUCGAGAGACUUUCAGGGUAUCACAUCCAAUACUUCCUUCGCCAACCUGCUUCUAUCUGUUUCUCUUGGUGAACCGAUCCCAAGAUCUUCACCUCGGCCGCUACCACCGCGAUCCGAGAUCACCCCGAUCAUACAGCAUUAUUUUGACACUUUCUUUGUCCAGCUGCCCUUCUUUCAAGAAACAAGCUUCUGGGCCUCAGUCGAUACUGUUUACCAAAAAGGCGCGCACUUUGCGAAACCGUUUGAUAAUUGGAUCGUGAGAAUGGUGUUGGCUACUGCGUAUAGCUCCAUGUCUAAUGCGUCAAUGGAUAGCAAUCACCGGAAGGCCAUACCUCUUAUCCAAGAAGCAUUGCAGUAUGCUGAAGAAGUUCUUCGCCCUGGGACUUUGGUUGGAAUCCAGGCAAUCAUGCUUCUUGCCCAGUAUUCUCUUGUUGACCCUGCCCAUUUUAGGACAUGGUACCUUGUUGGUAUGGCGGCCAGGGUGCUCGUAGAUCUGGGACUGCACCAAGAUCAUCAUUCGGAAACUGUACCCUCUGAACAGCAAGAUCUUCGACGUCGCGUUUUUCAUUGCGUUUACUCUCUUGAUAGGGCUACUAGUGCCGCUAUGGAUAAAACCUUCUCUUUUGCCGAUGACACCCUGAAUGUCGCUCUCCCGUCUUGCGCAAAAACAGAUCAGAGCUAUAUCUUUUCUCGCAGUUUGGAGCCAGCCUGGAAUAUGGUCAGAAUCAGACGUAUACUGUCUGGCGCUUACGAAGAAAAGUACUUUACUGCGAUCGAGUCCUCCUCCCAGACUCCGCCGUCAACCUGGGUACUUUAUUCGCAGGCAACCGAAUGGUACAACAACUUAACCACGAAUCCAUCGCAAUUUCUCCCUAUCUUAUAUCGCUUGGAGUUCCUCUACACAACCAUCAUUAUCCUCUCGCCGUCAACCCGUCACCCCCCACUUUGCAAUUAUAGCAAACUGCUUCUCUUCAAUCGCUGCAUAGAUUACGUCCGGCAACUGCACCAGAUUCUGGAGAAUCAAACAUCGUUGUUCAUGAUGACUUCCCUCGAUAUUAAGCGUGUUUAUCAAAUCAGCCGAAAGUUCAUCAACGUCCUCAGCCAAAGUGCAGACGUCCUAGUGAGCCCUGUCCCGGCUAUACCUCAGGUACCUGGCGACUGCCCUAGCCCUCCGGUUUUGGAAUUUGAAGCCUGUCUACAAUGCUACGAACGCGCCAUUGAGUAUCUAAACCAAGUAGACAGUCUCCUUCAGUACGGUGCUCGGAAGUGGAGUCUCCAUCACCUACUGCAAGAUUUUCUUCAGCUGUCUACGCCCGUCCGCGCCCAAUUGUUGACACCCGCUCUGAGCUAUACCUCGUCUCUACCAGCUUAUAUUCCCGAGGAACCUACAGUACUGGCUGCAGCUGAUUACCAAUAUACUACUAACUUCAACUUCGAGAACUCGAGCCCAGAGAAUUAUACUUAA